AAUUUUGAUCCGGAAGCAGAAGUGAUUUGCGUUAUUAACACUGAAGUGCAGGCUGCUGGAUGACAAAAACUUCUCCAGAGAUGUUCCAUUUUUACACGAUGGCCCCGCGUCUGUUAGGGGUGUCACAGGUCUAGAUGUCCGUGUGAGGGUGCUCCGUUACCGGGCUGCUAGCUUCACCGGCCCGCUCUGACCCGUACAUCCGCUGUUAGCCUGAAGCUAAUCGGCUAGCUACCCAGUCGCCACACAGGCAGCCUGACAGACUGCUUCUGCUUUGUUUUUAGCCUCCCUCCGAAGCCACCCCGGGACAGUGAGUUAUGUGGAAAGUAACGUUACAAGCGUUCGGUGUUUUGCUGCUGGCCUGGUUCUUCGGGAACUUUGUUCUGGGCUGGUUUCAACAGAACAACGUAAAACCUCAAACGCAGCAUAGCGAGCAUCCGAGCCGAGCCCCGGAGAGCCCGGACCAGAACCAGGACCAGAGCUGCUUCUGCCAUCUCACGGGAGUCCUGGACGACUGCUUCUGUGAUGUGGAAAGCAUCGACGUCUUCAACAACUUCAAGAUUUAUCCUCGCAUCAAGAAGCUGACAGAGAGAGACUACUUCAGAUACUACAAGGUGAACCUGAAGAGACCGUGUCCUUUCUGGCCUGAUGAUGGACACUGUGCCAUCAAGGACUGCCAUGUGGAGCCCUGCCCAGAGAGUAAGGUUCCUGUUGGCAUCAAGUCUGGGAACUACAACAAGUACUCCCAGGCGGCCAACACCAUGUCCGACAUGACGGAGUGUGAGCAGGCCAACGAGCUGGGAGCCAUCAACAGCACCCUGAGUAACCAGAGUAAGGAGGCGUUCGCUGACUGGGCGAGACACGACGAUGCUCAGGAUCACUUCUGUGAGCUGGACGAUGAGACGUCUCCGGAUGCUGAGUAUGUAGAUCUACUGCUGAAUCCAGAACGGUUUACUGGAUAUAAAGGACCUUCAGCAUGGAGAGUCUGGAACAGCAUUUAUGAGGAAAACUGCUUCAAGCCCAGAUCGGUGUACCGACCUCUCAACCCUCUGGCUCCCAGCAGAGGAGACGACGACGGAGAAGGUUUCUACAACUGGCUGGAAGGUUUGUGUUUGGAGAAGAGAGUUUUCUACCGGCUCAUUUCCGGCCUCCAUAGCAGCAUCAACAUCCACCUGUGUGCCGAGUACCUCCUGGACGAGGGCUGGGGCCGCUCAGUCUGGGGCCCAAAUGUCCAAGAGUUCCGUCAACGCUUUGACACGGCGGAGACGAAGGGCGAGGGCACCCGGCGGCUGAAGAACCUCUACUUCCUGUACCUGAUCGAGCUGCGAGCGCUCUACAAGGUGGCGCCGUACUUCGAACGAGCCAUCGUCAACCUGUACACCGGAAACUCUCAGGAGGACGGAGAGACCAAGGAGCUGCUCCUGCAGAUCUUCAACGAGAUCAAAGCGUUCCCGAUGCACUUUGAUGAGAAGUCCAUGUUUGCUGGACACAAAAUGGAGGCCAAAACAUUAAAGGAGGAGUUCCGGCUCCAUUUUAAGAACAUCUCCAGGAUCAUGGACUGUGUCGGCUGCAGUAAAUGUCGACUGUGGGGGAAACUACAGACCCAGGGUCUGGGUACAGCUUUAAAGGUCCUGUUCUCUGAGAAGGAAAUCAAGAACCUUCCUGAGCACAGCCCAUCUAAAGGCUUCCAGCUGACUCGGCAGGAGAUCGUAGCGCUGCUGAACGGCUUUGGAAGGUUGUCCACCAGCAUACACCAGCUCCACAACUUCCGCAUGCUGCUGAAGGAGAACAGGUAACAGGAGGUGAUGCUCCACCUGGCCACUGGAUGGCACCAGCCGUCAGAGAACUGCAGCAGUCUCAUUCCUGGCCAGAAGAAGUGUUGAACCUGACAACACCCUUUCCCAGCUUUGAUCCAAGAGUCUCCUAUCCCUCUGUAUCCUCCUCCAUGUGGUGCACCUUGAAUGUUCUUCUGCCUCCUCUGGCCUUCGGCAGGAAGUCACAGAUGUUCUUCUCUGCUGUCACACCUGGCAGCCAGGUGACUAACUUUCACCUUUUUAUUUCAAUAUGUUUAGUCUCUUUUGAGACCCUGAGAAAGCUGCUGCAAUCGACAGCCUGGAGGAGAUGAUGAGAUGUUUGGAUGGAAGUUGAGCCCUCAGACAGACUGGAGUCCUGAUGGAAGGGUUCAGUAGGAGGGACUGGCUUCAUUCAGCUGUGAGGGAGAUGUUGUUCAUGAAUCUUUCCUCCAGACUCGUGUCUCUGUGGGUUUAUACUCAUCAUGUGAAGCUGAUUGAAGUCUUUACUGAGGAUGCAGAUGGACUUCCAGAAGAAAAGGCCUCAGUCAGGACAGAUAAACAGAAAAAGCAUCCGAGGAUGGAGCUGCCUAGUUUGUUUUGUCAUUCUAUUUUAUUUUUGUUUAUUUUCUUAGCUGCCUAUUUUAUUGUAACUUUACAUUUUGAAUUUUCUUUUCUUUUUUAUUUCCCAUUCAUGUCUUUCUCACCCAGAGGUUUGGACCAACGUGCUCAUGAUGUGACCAUCUCAGGCCUCGUUUACGUCACGCUAGAAAAAGUGUGUGUGUGUGUGUGUGUGUGUGUGUGUGUGUGUGUGUGUGUGUGUGUGUGUGUGUGUGUGUGUGUGUGUGUGUGUGUGUGUGUGUGUGUGUGUGUGUGUGUGUGUGUGUGUGUGUGUGUGUGUGUGUGUGUGUGUGUGUGUGUGUGUGUGUGUGUGUGUGUGUGUGUGUGUGUGUGUGUUUCUGGUCUCUCCCUGUGCUGCUCUACAGGCGUCUCUCGUGAUUGGCUGUAGGUCGACACCAUGUGGGUCUGAUUCUCUACGACAGGAGAGUUAAACUCAUCCUAGUCCAGGUUCCACAUCCAGUCCAGUCUGAUCUCCAGUGGACCAGACCAGUAAAACCACAGCAGAAUAACCUAGAAAUAACCGCAACUCCUAAUGGUUCCUCUGGUUUAGUGCAAAAAUGUUAACAUUUAAGGAAUUAUCUUUUUACGAAACAUCGUGAACAACCUGAAAUUUAAGAAAAAUAAAUUCAAGUUCAACAAUAUUAUGCCUCAGUGUCAACAAAAAAUGACAAAAAAGGCACAAAUUGACCAAAAAAACCAAGCGAGACAAAAAGGAAAAACAAAAUGACAAAAACAUGAGACAACCAUCAAAAGUCAGACAAAAAAAGACAAAAAACAAGACAAAAUAUUACAAAAAUGAGACGCAAAACGAUGAAAAUGAGACAAAAAAGACACAAAAUUUGACCCAAAAAAUUCCAGUGACAAAAAAGUGGACAAACGGCACAAAUGCGACAAAAAAGUACACAAAUGAAACAGACAAGACCAAAAAUGAGAAAAGUGAGAAACAAAAUGACAAAAAAGUAGACAAGCAAGACAAAAAAAACACAAAUCGACACAAACUAUACACAAAACAACAAAUAAAGCAAAACAGAUAAUGACAAAAAUAAGACAAAAAACACAAGCGAGACAGAAAGGAAACACAAAACAACAAACAAGAAACAAAACGCCAAAAACAUUAAACAGUAAGACAAAAAAAGGCAAAAAGCAACAAAAACGACAAAAUAUUACAAAAAUGAGACAUAAAACGAUGAAAAUGAGACAAACAAAGCUAUGCAAAAAAGAAAUAAAAUUUGACCAAAAAAAGUUACUAAGUGACAAAAAAGUGGACAAAUGACACAAAUGCUACAAAGAAUUACACAAAUGCAACAGACAAGACCAAAAAUGAGAAAAGUGAGAAACAAAACAACAAAAAAGUAGACAACUGAGACAAAAAAACACAAAUUGACACAAACUAUACACAAAGCAACGAAUAAAGCAAAACACAGAAUGACAAAAAAUAAGACAAAAACCAAAAGCGAGACAAACAGGAAACACAAAACGACAAAAAUGAGAAGCAAAAUGACAAAAACAUUAAGCGAAAGUCAGACAAAAAAAGACAAAAACAAGACAAAAUAUUACAAAAGCGAGACACAAAACCCCAAAAGUGAGAAACUAAAUGACAAAAAAUGAGUGAAACGACUCAAAGCAAAACAAAAAAGAGACGAAAAAUUAGACAAAAAAAGUUACAAAGUGACCAAAAAAUGGACCAACGACAAAAUUUAGACAAAAAACAACAAAAACAAGACAAAAUAUUGUGAAAAUAAGACACAAAACUUCAAAAAAUUAGACAAACAACACGAAACAAAACAAAAGCAAAAAAUUUGUUACAAAGCAACAAUAAAAUGGACAAAUGAGAAAAAAAAACACAAAACGACAAAACAAUGAAUAAAGCAAAACACAAAAUGACAAAAAUAAGUCAAAAAACACAAGCAAGACAAAAAUGAAACACAAAGCCACAAAAACGAGAAACCAAAACAUGAGAUGAAAGUCAGACAAAAAAGACAAAAAGACGAAAUAUUCCAAAAAUGAGGCACAAAACAACAAAAGAACAAUGAACAAUCUAGUAUUUUACUUUGGGAUCAAAACAACUUGUCAUGGUCUAGAAAUGAUUUUAUAGUUUUACUAAUUUACAAUCUGCAGUUAAUGUCUUCUCUGGAAUUUUUACACUUUGAGGGCUGGAUUGGACCCUCUGGAGGACCGCUUUUGGCCCACGGGCCUCAUGUUGGACACCCCUGGUCUAGGGUCAUCUUUAGUUUUAACACAAACCACAGAGAAAUCCUAAAUUUAUGUGUUAUGUGUUUGUUGGGGAGGAAGCUGCUGGUGUGUGUGUGUGGAUGACGUUAAAAGUGUGUUUGUGUGUCAGAAAGUUCUAAGAUAUGAACUGGGUACGGAAGCCUGAGUGUGACGACUAAAUACAGAAAACAGUUUUCUCCUUUCUCUGGAUCAUUUCAUGUUUAAAAUCAGAUUUUUAAAGUAAAUACUACAGAAAAUGUAGACAGUAAGAUAGUUUUACCAUUUAAUCAGAUUACAGAUCCGCUUCAAGGUCCAUUUUUUAAAGUCCGAGAGAUUAAUUGCUGCUUCGAAAGAUUGUUUUUAUCUGCAACGUUUAAUGAC